AUGGCGGGCGCGAAUCGAUCACAGCAUUGCAAAGAUCGCUUGUUUCUCCGGGAUGACGGGGUUUGUCGCGCCGUCCACGCCGGGUUUCUUCCCAUGUUUCGCUCCAAGCCGGUUGCGCGACCCCAAGUCGUGCUUGUGGAAGAUACUCCCGAAUACCAAUAUGUGCUGAACAACUUUGCACUGGCACACAAGAAGGUCGAGGAGCAGCGAGGAAAGCUGAAGCAGCAGGAAGAAUUGAUCGCGCAGCUGCAGGACCGUGUUGCUCUACUGGAAGGUGUUCCCGGGCCGCAAUCCGCGGGCGGAGGCUCGGUGGAUGAUUUCUCAAUCAAGAACGGAGCAGCGCAGCUAGACAAACUCAUCAAUCGCUGGGCAUCGGACAUUGUCCGUCGCCCUCCCACCCCCCUGCACCUCAUCUACGAAGCCGCGCUUUCUGACGUCACAAACGGACGGGAGGCUGGGGCUGUUUUCCAAGGGAGCUCCAUGCAAGUUCAGUCUCUCAUGCGCCAUGCACUGGCCGAAACGAUCUGCGAAGGCUUCAUUAAUUGCAUGAUCGUCACCAGCUCUAAGGAGGCUAAUGUCCAGCUCACGCGCAUCCACGAGCACAUAUUUGCAAGUGACCCGACCGUCGCCGCCGUCUGGCGCCGGCAAACGUUCUCUGCGGCGGUCGAAACCUGCACACCCGAGAUGGCCGACAGCAUCCUGAACGAACAGAUCCCCCACCUGACGCGCCUGCUCCCGGGCACGCUCCCGUCCGCCGUCCUGGACGCCGCGUACCACUUCUCCCGGAUGCUGCACGGGACGACCGGGUCGGGAGACGCGUUCUACCGCGCGUUCGUGCCUGAGCUGGGCAGCGCGCUGUACCCCAGCCAGAACGAGCUUGUCAAACGGUGCUUGAGGCACGAGGCGGGCCAGGUCGACCGGGUUGGGUGCACCAUCUUUCCGGGCCUCGUCAAGGUCGGCUUGACCGGCGAACAUAAUGUGGUGCGGCGCGCCCAGGUUAUCUGUGAAUGUGCCUUACUGCCUGUUCAGUCUUAGCGCGCUUGUAUAUAUGUAUAUCUUACACAUGUGAAUUCGCUCGAAGUCCUCAUCUCUGCAUGUUCCUAAUCGACGCCAAUCGGCCGACCG